GAUUUCUGCUCUAGCAACGGUAGUUACCCUCAGCCCUCCUCGGGGGCCUCUGGACCCCCCAGACCAGGCCUCAGUCCAAUUUCCCCCGCCGCUAGCCUUGAAUGUCCCAAAUCCAACGCCGGGCCGGGCAGCGUGGGCCCGCCGAGUGUUGGACCCCGGUCCGUGGGCCCGCCGUCCUUAGCUUCGCCCGCAGUGAAAAAUGCGGCAACACCUUUAAGUACUGUGACCCAGACGGCCAACAGCCUGACGGUCAACCUUGUGCUAAGUGAUUCGUUACUCAACCUGUACCGUGAUAUAAACUACAACUCCUGUACAAUGUGCGUGUGCUGCACAAAUGAUGGAAAUAUCCGUGGGGGAGAAAGUUUACUCUAUCUCCCGGAUAUAAAUAGUGAUGAAGAUUAUGAUUGUAAAUGUGGAUACUCAGCAGUAAUAAACAGGAAGCUAAGUUAUCUUUGUGGUAUGUUUCUGGAAGAUGAGCGAGAGGUGACAGGUAUCCAGGAAGAUGUUUAUUUCAAAAAGAAACCAUCUCUUCUCCUCCUAGACCCUAAAUCCCAGGAGCAGGGGGAGCAGUCCUUCAACGAGCGGAGCGAGAUCGUUGAUGAUACUCCUCAGUUUCUCGUGGAUCUUGUUCAAAAACAAGUCUCACUCUUUCCCAGUGAUGAAAAUACUCUCGUCAGAUUCUCAAGGCAAUUCCAUCGAACCAUGAGAAAUCAAGCUCAAAUAUCUGUGGUGGAAGCUUUAGAUGGUGCAGAGGUGAUCUGGUCUGCUAUAGAGGCUGUGCGAGCAGGGUCAGCGUGUGAGAGCCGAGAACUAGAUACAGCAAGUAAGGCCGGCUGUCUACACAAGUGGGCCAUUAUGCCAACUCUAGGCCCGCCCUCGAGCGAGGAUAUUGUCAGAGUUAUGAGAGUAUUGAUGCCGGAGUUAAAUACUAGUUUACAUAAACGGAAAGGGAGUGAUACCCAACUCACUGUGGAGGGUCCACUUACCUGGAGGCAGUUUCAUAGAAUGGCUGGAGUUACAACUAAAGGGAAUACUGACGAUGGUUGUGAGCCGCUGCCAAUACCAACUCUCAUGGUUGGGUUCGAAUCUGAGUGGGUGAGCGUAUCUCCUCUCUCCCUUUAUCACUGGGAUAGUCUAUCCCUGGAACCUUGGGGUCCACAGAGGGAUGUUGCGUAUAUCGUGGUUGCUCCUGACAAUGAAUAUAUUCUCUCCAACGUGAAAACAUUCUUUAAAAACCUUAGUAACACCUACUCUAUACUCAAACUGGGAAAACAUGUACCUGUUACCAAGUCUAUCCGUGAUGGUAUCCUGCGUGUUGGAUCUAAGCAGGCCUCUAGACUUGAAUCUGAAGUUGAUGUCGAGGAUUGGUUUCAUUGUAUCGGAGACUCACAGAACGCAGAUAUACUCAGACUGUACUCUAAGGUGUGCCGACACUACCUUGUUCCCUACCUGUCCUCUCUAUCCCACGACUCCUCCCUGCUCAGGGGCCCCGCCCCUGCCACCAUAGAGGUCAAUGAAGAGGGGCAAGAGAUACUUAAAGAGAAUACUCAGGAGCUCAUCGAGGAUGAAAGUAUAGAACCGCCGGCAAUAGUGAUAUAUAUGGUGGAUCCUAUUAGUUAUGUUAACGAUAAUACUGAACUAGUCCGACUCUCCACUCUAGCCCUUCUCAGAUGCUUUAACAACAUGGUGCCAAACAUUAACUCUGAAUCUAUCCGACAAUCUUUGUACCUGCAGACAAUAUCAUUAGACUCAAUAUUUUCUCUUGGGAACGAGUUGAAACGAACUCCAAUGGAUUCUAAUCCUCUUAAAUCCUCACCAAGAUCCUCGCACAUCCUCCGAGGACUGGCCUUCUCAGUUUAUGCUCAAUCGCACCGGUCUCUCUCCUAUCAUCGGAAUGCGAAGACGUUAACAAGUUUCGGACCUGCUUCCAACUCUCAGAGAUUCCUUAAAGGAAUGGACUUGAAGGAUACAAUGUUGAAAUCUUUAUAUGCCCCGCCUUAUGUGCUGGCCCCGCCUCCUUUAAAGAACAAGAAAACAAGUGAUGGUGAUAGCUUUGGGUCAACUACAGAGAGAAGUACGGUCCUGUUCGUCCAGUACUGUUUGUCGGAUGACCAGAAGUACCUGCUGGCUAGUCUGUCGGACGAUAGAGGAGAACUUGUCCGGACAACGGUUAUUAAUAUUGAUAUACCUAAUCGGACAAGACGGAAAAGGGCGAGUGCCCGGCGUGUUGGUCUAUCUCGACUCUGGGAUUGGAUCCUCUCUGUAGUCUCGUUGAGCCUGGUCCCCUGGAGGCUGGUUAUAGGGAGGCUGGGGAGGAUAGGACACGGAGAGCUUAGAGGCUGGUCCGUCAUGCUCUCAAGGAAAUCCCUGAAAAAGGCUGUGAAAAUGUUAAAGGAUGAAUGUCCGUGGAAGAGCGAUGUACCCUCCCUUCUCUCCGUGUGCCUUGUAUCCCUUGAACCUGACGGUGUACUCCGGGUGAUGGCGGACCAGUUUACCCCAGAUGAAAGGUUUGGUUCCAGUGCUGCCCAGUGUACUCUGUCUACUCCUCGGGAUGCAACCGCUACUCAUAUACUAGUCUUCCCUACUUCAGCUACUGCUCAGUCGUCCCAGGCUGCGUUUAACGAGCACCACGAGGCCCCUGAGAACGAUGACCUCGGGUUUGGUCUGGACAUGACCGACAUCGACGAGAUGAACCCGAGUGGAAACGAUGACGGACUCGGUCUGGGAGACCUAAACGAUAUUUUUAACGAUGAACCGUUCACUAGCGGGGGCGGAAAUUCCCCCGGGGAUCCGAGGGAGGGGGAGGGAACCUCGUGUUCUGGAAAUACAGGAACUCAUACUCUUCCAGGCCAGGAUCCAGCCUUCAGAUAUGGGCAGGAGGAGCCUGGAGAACGCCUAGAGAUCCUCCAGCAGCCUCUAGCUCUGGGCUACCUAACCUCCACUGCUCCAACCGGAACUAUGCCUCGGUGGUUCUGGUCCUCGGCCCCUCACCUGGAGAACGUGUGCCCGGUGUUCCUCAAGUCCUCCCUGCAUAUCAACAUCAGUAAUCUAGCACAUGGAGGAGAUGAUGGGUUUACUCCACAGUCUGCCAGCUGUAGGGUUCAUUCACUAGAUUCUAAUUAUACUACAGACGUUCUCAGAUAUGUUUUGGAGGGAUAUAAUGCUCUAUCUUGGCUUUCCAUCGAUACUCAGACUAGAGAUAGACAGUCCUGUCUUCCUAUUCAUAUACAAGCUCUUUUACAUCUCUAUCAUACCCUAGCAGCACUUGUAUAGUGGUAUACAAGCCCUUUAUCUCUACCAUACCUAAGCAGCACUUUUAUAGUGGCAUACAAGCCCUUCAUCUUUACCAUACCCUAGCAGCACUUUUAUAGUGGUAUACAAGCCCUUCAUCUCUACCAUACUCUAGCAGCACUUUUAUAGUGGUUUACUAGCCCUUUAUCUGUACCAUACCCUAGCAACACUUGUAUAGUGGUAUACAAGCCAUUUAAUUUUACCGUACCCUAGCAGCACUUGUAUAGUGGUAUACAAGCCCUUCAUCUCUACCAUACCCUAGCAGCACUUGUAUAGUGGUAUACAAGCCCUUCAUCUCUACCAUACUCUAGCAGCACUUGUAUAGUGGUUUACAAGCCCUUUAUCUGUACCAUACCUUAGCAGCACUUGUACAGUGACAAGCCCGUUAUCUCUACCAUACCUAAGCAGCACUUUUAUAGUGGUAUACAAGUCCUUCAUCUCUACCAUACUCUAGCAGCACUUGUAUAGUGGUUUACAAGCCCUUUAUCUCUACCAUACCCUAGCAGCACUUGUAUAGUGGUAUACAAGCUCUUUUACAUCUCUACCAUACCCUAGCAGCACUUGUAUAGGAGUAUACAAGCCUUUAUCUCUACGAUACCCUAGAAGCACUUGUACAGGAGUAUACAAGCCUUUUAUCUCUACCAUACCCUAGCAGCAUUUGUACAGGAGUAUACAAGCCUUUUAUUUCUACCAUACCCUAGCAGCACUUGCAUAGGAGUUUAAAAGCUCUUAUUUAUCGCUACCGUACUCUAGCAGCACUUGUAUUGGAGUAUACAAGCUCUUUCUCAACUCGUACCACACUAUAAUCCCUUCUUCAUCUCCUGCAGCCUCUGAAAAUAUACAAUCCCUUUCCCCAUCAGACAUAUUAAACUAACCAAAGAGAUUUUUAAAAGAAUUUGGAGAUUUAGAACUGCCCAAGAAUACCGUGAAGAUGAGUCCCAGUGUAACAGAUAUCAAACGACAGCCUCACGAAGAACGACAUGGCCUGUGUUCCUAAUGAAUUAUUUUAACAUGGGCCGUGCUAGAAGAAGAAGAGAGAUAUCUGAAAACGGCAUUUGUGAUAUCAGAAAUUGACAAUCAGAUUUUCAGAAGUGCCCUGGAUUUUCACUGAGACAAUAACUAGGAAAAAAAUGAAAGUUUUGACUUUCGAGACAUUUGACAAAAGAUAAUUAAGAAAAUAAGGUUAACACAAAAUGAUGGUGAAACUACAAAUAUGCCAAUGUACAAUUAACAAAUUUAAAGUGAUAUACAAGUAUGCGCAGUUUGUACACAUUCUUCCAGCCAAAUCUCAGAAAUUCCUGGGUAAACGGUUCACUCGCUACUUGACGCAUUUGGAGGCGAUUUAUUAUUUAUUAUAUUAUUUUAUUGUUUGCCACUGUUUCAUCUUAAAAUAGUUCUCAAAUAUCGAUUCUUUAUCAUUUGAUUAUUUUGACAGAUUUUCGUCGAUUUUCUCGAUAAUUCCUCGCUGUGCCGAAAUGGCGCGAAAAGUUUCCGAAAAUGUGAUAAAAAUCUCAAGAGCAACUCCUAGGACUAGAAAUGGCGCUCACGCGCUGUGUUAACGUUUAAAAAUACAUUGUUUAAUAUUCCAUUAGACCGCUAUUCAAUACAUUCAGGAACCAUAUAUGUAUAUAUAUACUACCCCCUGUAUACUAAUCAAUAUUAUUAUAUUGAACUAUUAACUUUAAAUACAUCAUGGUUAGACAUA